UCCCUCUCUCUCUCUCUCCUGUUUUCUGUGGCAUGAGAGCAGGAUCAUCCAGGGCUGACUGGACCAUGCAGAGUCUCUGCUGCUCCCAGAUUGUGUUGCUGCUCCUGCUGCUGACAGGUGCUGAAAACACUUUGGCUCAAAAAGGUUCUCCUCCAGCCUGUGGGCGGCCGAAAGUGUCCUCCACUCGGAUAGUUGGUGGGGAGAAGGCAGAUGAAGGGGAAUGGCCGUGGCAAGUCAGCAUACGGAACAACAGACUGCACAUUUGUGGUGGAAGCCUCAUCUCAUCCCAGUGGGUGGUGACAGCGGCACAUUGCUUUGACGGGCCAUUGCUCCCAGAUGAGUAUCGAGUGCACCUGGGAGAGUAUGAGCUUCCCAAACCUUUGCCCAGCAUGGUCUCAUCUGCUGUCAGCAAAAUCAUUGUGCAUCCAUAUUACGCUGGAGAUGGGCUGAGUGCCGACAUUGCGCUGCUACAGCUGGAAGAGCCGAUCAGUUUCUCCCGGACUAUCUUGCCUGUCUGCCUGCCCAGGACUUUGGGUCCAGACCCUUUCCCUGCUGGAAAGUUAUGCUGGGUUACUGGCUGGGGCAACCUCUACCCAGAUGCCCCCUUUGUCACUCGGACCCUGCAGGAGCUGGAGGUGCCGAUCCUAGAUGUGGAGGAGUGUGACCGCAUGUACCACAACAACACUUUCUCCGACUCAGAGGAUGUGCCCGAAGGCUAUAGGCUGAUCCACAAAGACAUGAUCUGUGCUGGGUACCCAGAAGGAAAGAAGGAUUCUUGCCAGGGCGACUCUGGUGGCCCUCUGGUUUGCAAGCGGAAUGGCACUUGGUUCCUGGCUGGAGUGGUAAGCUUUGGGUUCAGCUGUUCGGAGGCCAACCGGCCUGGCGUCUACACCCGGGUCACCUCCUACAUGGACUGGAUUCAAGAAAGUAUGGCCCAGAACACAAAGACUCAUAGCGGAGCCCAUCUCUCGGGUGUCAGUUCCGCUCUCUUCUUAGUUCUCCUCCUCCUUGUGGCCUUGACCAAUAGCAUUUCAUGAACUGCUUUAGCUCCGCCCAUGGCACUUCAAAAUGGCCACCCUGCCUCACUAGGUGAGACUGGACCAAGAGCCUGGAGUGGCUGAACGCUGUGUAGGUUGAGCACUUAAGCAGAGGACCUUUGAAAGAACUCUGCCACCAUUGGAAAGAUCAGUGCCUUGCCAUCUUUACUGCCUGCUUGUUGAAUAGGCAAGUAGCCACAGUCUAAUAGAAAAGCAAUGUGUGGAAACAGAAAUAUAAGGAAGAACUGGGGUUAUGGAAAAGGAAACUCAAUGCAUUGGAGGAGAAACUAUCCAGAAAUACAAAAUACAGAAUAAUAAUAAUGAUCAUUUUAAAAACCUAGACAAAAAUAAAACAAGUAAUGCUCUGUAAACCAACUGCCAUGAUCAUAUAUGAAGUUAACUUUAGCACAGUACUAUCUGCUCUGAUUGGCUCUCCCAUCUUUCCCAUCACUUUUUGUCUUAAGUGUAAAAGCCAGGGAUUUAGCCUGGGGCCUUCUACAUGCAAAGCAGAUACUCUGCCACAGAGCUACACCAUAGUUAAGAUGCCAGUCCUAGUAUUUUCAGCUUUAACUGGUGUGUGUGUGGGGUGGGUGUCUCCAAGGCUGUAGUUGCCUUUCCAGCCUAUUAACUGGAGUGAACUGAACCCAGGAUCUGUUCACAUAAGACAUAUGUUUUACUGCUGAACACCGUCUAUAAGUAAGGUUCUUAUCACAGAGCUUACGAAGGGCAACAUUCUCUGGGCUGUGCUCAAUGGGUCUUGAUGGCAGAAUUUAGGAGAAUGAGCUGAAGAAGCCGCAGGGUUGUACUUGCAGCCGUAUUUACUUGUGCGUAAGCUUGACUGAACUCAGUGAUUCUUAUUUGAAAGUAUACAUGCACUAGAAUCAAGCUAUAAGCAUGGGAAUGUUCAUUGUGUGCCAUCAGAGGACAGACGGAAGACAAAAAAAGACUUCUUCAUUCUCUUCCCCUGUUUGCCAGCUCUGGUUUGGGAAAUUCCUGGAGAGUUUGGGUGUUGAGCCUGAAGAUGGUGGGGCGAGUGGAGUGGAGGGACCUCAGUGGAGUAUAAUGCCGUUGGGUCCACCCUCCAAACCAGCUGUUUUUUUCCAGGGAAACUGAUCUGUGUGGCCUGGAGAUGAGUUGUAAUUCAGGGAGUUCUCCAACCACCACCUGGAAUUUGGCAACUAUAGAGAGGACAGUGAAGCUAUGGCCAUGAUUCAAUGCAUAAUUUGUCACAUUUAAAUCCCACUAUAAUUAGUGAAGCUUACGCUCACAUCACUCUCAUGUAGCUUUAUGUUAAAACAGUGAGUUCUUAUUUGUAUGAAUUGAGGAGCAAUGAAAUCGUUGUGAGUGUUCAUUAGCCAUUUGGAGAGAGUUGCUUGCUGGUCUCCAGGGACCCAUCAAAUCCUCUCAUUCUGGGAUUAUGAAUGAUAUGGGCAGACAAACUCAUUACUUCUUUAUUUUGCAAAGCUCUUAGGCUGUUGGGACUAAGUGUGCAUUAAAGACAAUGACAGAAUCAUGCUAUAUGCUUUUCUGUAUGCUUAAAUUACAGUCUGGGGGCCACAUGUUGGAAUGGUUUCCUGUGAAGAGAUACUUCCCUGCAUGUAGAAAACUGGUUUGUCAGGGAGAAGGCAGAAUCCUUCUUUAGGAUAAGGUAGAUUUUUAUAGAUACGACUGAUUGGAAUGAAACACAACUCUUGAAUCCUUCUUUGAACCCUGAACAACACAAUCAAAUGAAUGAAUUUUAUCAGGCUUCUGCUCAAAGACAAUCCAGGCAGACAGAUGUGUUCCCCCUCCCUGAAAAUCCUAGAGCCAUACACAGCCUUACACUUCCAGCUCCCAUAUGUAUGCUACCAUAGGUGGUGGUGGAGGAGAUACUUUAUUUAGCCUCUUGGAAUAGAGAUCCCAAGGCUUAAACUGUGUGUUUUUCUGCACUGCCUUCUGUAGGAAAGAUAUGUUCUCCCUCUCUUACUUGUGCUUUUGCAAUGAGUGUGUGUCUAUGUGUGUGUGUGUUUGUGUAUCUGCACUGCUUCUGGACUUAUCUCUAGCAUCUUGGGUACUGUUGGAAAAAGUAUGCUGGAUUAAAUGGACUGUUUGCUUGAAUGAGCAUGGUUUCUCUUUUAGCCCUUGUUCAUGGUCACUGCAAAUUAGCCCUUGCUUGUGGUCACUGUAUUAUAGGACUGUGAGCUUUGCCUCCUGAUUGCUCCCUGGCCUCUACCAGCAGAAGCAUACUGCUGUGAAAUAUAUAACUUAUAGGGAAUAAUAAAGUAUAAUGUUCCUUGUAUUUUUAUUGAGACGUACAAGGAUGGUGCAAUGCAUCGUGAAUACAUCCCAAAGAAC